AGGUCCCGAUGACGUCAUGCUUUACUGUUAAAAUAUUCAGGUAACCACAGAGUAUCAAGGGUUAUUGAAGGUUUUCGUUUUUGUCACCAGUGCCUGGUCUUUACAUCAAAGCCUACUGUGACGUGAUCGAAAGUGGACAUACUUCAGAAAUCGUCUUGGUGCUGUGAAUUUAAGGAGCUUUUAACUUCGAUCAGCAAUACAAUCUCGAAUUUGCCUGUCUGCGAAGGUACGGAGUAUUCUCUUGGCAGUUUUCUUCGAAGACAAUUAAGACAGCGUGAACGAACGGGAUCUAAAAGAAGAUGCCUGACAGUUCGAUAGUUUGGGAUCAUCAAAGUUUCGUGGAUCAUGCAGGAUGGCUUGAAGCCCAUCAUUCCUCGGCAUGGGAUUCUCAUGAGAUUCACAGUCCGCCUGAUCCGGUGCCUGAUCCUGUGCCUGAUCCUGUGACAACCCCACAUCAAGCACGGCGUGGAAACAUCAACUUGAAGGCAAACAUCGGAUCAGUUACGAUCGAAACUACGAAAAGAAGCGUGUCAACAGUAGGCCUAUCAUCUACCAGUGGCCUUGGCGUCAAGACCGAGCAAGGAUCUGUCGGAAUCACAUCACCAAUCGUUCUCGAAGACACUCAAAACCACACCAGUACUACCAGCGGGAUAACGAAUAGUACUGAUGCAUACUCAAUCACAGAGUCGUAUGAUAUGCCUAAUGUGGGGGCAGCUCGUGCACCUGCUCAAGGCCCCGCUCAAGGCAUCUUCGAUCAACAUCGCGUCUUCGUAUUCUCUGGCAUUGCCGUGUCCGCUGUAAUACUCAUCGUCGCAGUCGCAUUACUUAUCGUCAUACUUCGUCGGUCACGAAGGAAGAAACAAAAACAAGUUACUCUGAACUCCACAGAGGCACCAUCCAGCAAGGGAGUCCGUCGUCUUGUGAAGAUGGAGAGUCAGGAGAGUCAGCAUACUUAUGAGGAGGUACAGCUUCACAAGAAAGAUGAUAACAUGACCACAGUGAGCAGCUUGGACAUCAGGCUAACAACGCCCUCUACUGCCAUCAGUAAUAAAGGAGGAAAAAGUGACCCCAAGAAUGCAAAGGUCGAACAGUGUGGAAAAGGACCAUUUUACUUUGAGUUAGACGAAUCCAGCGGCCAACCUACCAUACCCGUUUAUUCAACGCCUAUUUCGAAACGAACUGACGAAUUUUCCGCGAAAACGGAUGUCGAUAAGACUGGUGUCUAUCGUUUGUACAGUGAGCCUAUUCCUUUUACCAAAACGAAGGACCAAGGUGACAAGAUCCAAGAAAAUGUUCGAUAUUCUACCCUACUCCAACCUAUUUCAUCGUCGAUCCUUCUCAACAUCAAGAUAAAAAGAUUGGCGCCGGUACAACCCUUCCUCGUAGAAUGCUCACACGACAAUGUGACGUAA